CCGCAGAGCAGGGCAUGGUGCCGCCGGGCUGAGCGCUGGCACGCAGCGGGGGGGUGAGCAGAGCCAUGGAGGGGCCCGGCCAGGACACCGAGGACGCGCUACGCAGGAGCCUGGACCCCGAGGGUUACGAGGACACCAAGGGCUCCAGGAUAUCCCUGGGGGGGAUGAGCAGGGCUGUUGGUGGCGUUGGGUCCCCCCUGCAGAGGGCGAGAGCUGAGCAGCUGUCCCCGCUGCGCCGCUUUCUGCCCAGCCACCGGGGAUCCUAUGAUGUGGACGGGAGGAGGCGCGAGGUCGGGGCCCCACCGGAACGGGACGGUGGCAGAGGGCAGACUCCAUCGGUGACCGAUGUGGACCUGGAGGCCGCGGAGAGCAGGCGGCCCACGGCCCAGAGGGACACCCAUGAGGGCUACGUGGAGCUGCACGAGUUGGUGCUGGACAGCAAGAAGGAGCUGUGCUGGAUGGAAGCCGGGCGUUGGCUGCAUCUGGAGGAGAGCAUGGAGCCGGGGGGGACCUGGAGCUGCCACCUCCCCCUACUCACCUACAACGGGCUGCUGGAGCUGCGCCGUGCCUUCGCCAAAGGCAUCGUGCUGCUGGACGUGGCAGCCACCUCGCUGGCAGCCGUGGCCCACACACUGCUGGAGCAGCUCAUCUAUGAGGGGCAGCUGAAGCCGCAGCACCGGGAGGAUGUCCUGCGGGCGCUGCUGCUGCAGCACAAGCAUCCCAGUGAGGCUGAGUCGGUGUGGACGCUGCCGGCGGCGCAGCUGCAGCACUGGGAUGGGGAGCAGAUGGACGCGGAGCACCGGGCGCUGCUGCAGGAGCAGAGGGCUGUGGAGAUGAAGGAGCUGCGUGGGGCUGAGACGAGCCCCCCUGGGGCGCAGCUCGGCCCCCAGCUCCACCAGCAGAUCCCUGAGGAUGCCGAGGCCACUCUGGUGCUUGUGGGUGAGUGCUGGGGGGUUUUGCU